CCUCCCGGUUAAAAGAUUUCCCCGCUUAUAAGGAAAUAAAAGCAGGUCACAAAAAAUUGCACAUAAGCAAUAUACAGAAAAAUCCCCGGUUAAUGUGUUCCCCGUUUAAAAGGUUUACCCGCUUAUAACAUUGAAAAUGUGCGAGCCCUUUAAAGAAAUACGUACAAAAAUCCCCGGAUAUAAAAAAGAAAAAUCUGGCUACACUUAUUUGAUUUUUUUCUUUUUUUGCGGUAUGGCAAUCUGUAAAAACAUAUGUUUGUUGAUUAAUGGCGGCAAAUGUAAAAUUUUUGGCAAAAGUGAUGGCUGGUAACAAAAGAAAGACGCUUUCCAUAAAGGAGAAACUUAAAGUUAUCGCUGAAAGUAAAACCAUAUCAAAACCUGAACUGUGUUCCAAAUAUGGGUGCUCUUCAAGUACACUAAAUAAAAUUUUAAGAAACGCAGGCGAAAUUGCUAACAAAUCGUCCACGCGCAAAUUGUCUGCAAAAAGAAUGAAGCAAGGUAAAGAAGCCCAGGUGGAGCAGGCGUUAAUGAUAUGGUUUAAUCAACUGAGAUCCUCUGGAGCAGUAAUCUCUUCAAACUUAAUGCUGGAAAAAGCCAAGCAGCUUGCAGUGAAGCUAAAAAAAGAUUUUACGCCAACGCAAGGAUGGCUCUGGCGAUUACAGAAGCGCAAUGGCAUUCAGUUAAGAAAUAUUCACGGCGAAGAACGCUCCACUGAUAAGGAAAAUGCAGAAAUAUUUCUGAGCACAACUCUUCCACAUAUUAUAGCGAACUAUGAUCAGGUGAAUAUUUUCAAUGCAGACGAAAGUGCCUUGUUCUUUAAAGCAUUGCCGCAAAAAACGCUUACACAUAAGGGACAAACAGUGAAAGGGUUCAAGACCUCUAAGGACCGGCUAACGCUUUCUUUUUAUUUGCAAUGCCACGGGAGAAUUUAA